AUGAAAGCAAACUUUGCUCAACACCUGUCUAUAUAUAUUGCAGGUUUCAGUGGCUGCCCAGCUGAUCCGUUCGCUCUGUUGUCUGGGAAGAAAGAAGUGUCACAGAUCAUGGCUCCCUGGCCUGAGGUGGAAAAGCCUGAAACCAAUAACUAUAUUGGGGACUCUUCCAAACAAAACCAGAACAUGUCUGGGAAAGAAGGAGAAAAUCACAAAGGCAAUGUGGCUUCACUUGGAAAUAAAGGGGAAAUUCAACCUGCAUUUUCCACAAUAGCCUUGAUAGAUGAGACAAGACCAGAAGAAGAGGACCCAUGGGCUCUGCCGGAACUGCAGGACACUGGGGUCAAGUGGUCAGAACUGGAUAGAAAAGGAAAAAUCAUUCGUGUACUCUACGGGAUAGGGAAGUUUAUUAUGCUACUUGGAUUACUCUACUUGUUCGUGUGUUCUCUGGAUGUAUUGAGCUCUGCUUUUCAACUGGUAGGAGGUAAAGCAGCAGGGGACAUUUUUAAAGAUGAUUCAGUGCUGUCUAAUCCUGUUGCGGGAUUGGUGAUUGGAGUUCUGGUGACUGUUAUGGUCCAGAGCUCCAGCACUUCUUCAUCCAUCAUUGUCAGCAUGGUGUCCUCGACAUUGCUGACUGUUCGAUCAGCUAUUCCUAUCAUAAUGGGGGCAAACAUUGGCACCUCAGUUACAAACACAAUUGUGGCACUCAUGCAAGCCGGGGACAGGAAUGAAUUUAGAAGGGCCUUUGCUGGGGCAACAAUCCACGAUUUCUUUAACUGGCUCGCUGUGUUUGUGCUCUUGCCUAUUGAAGUUAUUACUGGCUAUCUUUACCAUCUCACCAACGUUAUAGUUGAGUCCUUUCAUCUUGAAAGUGGUGAGGAUGCCCCUGAGCUACUGAAAGUUAUCACAGACCCCUUUACAAAGCUCAUCAUCGAGCUUGAUAGAUCAGUAAUAAAUGCAAUUGCUACAAAUGAUGAAUCAGCAAAAAACAAAAGCCUGGUAAAGAUUUGGUGUGUAACUGAAACCAAUGUGACACAGCAAAAUGUCACAAUUCCACCUUCAGAAAACUGCACAUCUCCUGACUUUUGCUGGAAUGAAGGAAACGUGACGUGGACCAUCAAGAAUGUAACUGAAACAGAAUAUAUCACUAAAUGCCAGCACCUCUUUGCAAACGCAGACCUGCCUGAUCUUGCCAUCGGUCUUAUCCUCCUGGCUUUGUCCCUGCUUGUUUUGUGCUCCUGUUUGGUGAUGAUCGUUAAGCUAUUAAACUCUGUGCUUAAAGGACAAGUGGCGAGUGUUAUCAAGAAGACAAUCAACACUGAUUUCCCAUUUCCUUUUACUUGGCUAGCUGGAUACCUGGCUAUGCUCGCAGGGGCUGGUAUGACCUUUGUUGUCCAAAGUAGUUCUGUUUUCACAUCUGCUAUUACACCCCUUGUUGGCAUCGGUGUUAUAAGCAUUGAGAGGUCUUAUCCUCUUACCUUAGGAGCUAACAUUGGCACAACCACAACAGCUAUACUUGCAGCUUUAGCAAGUCCAGGGAGUACAUUAAAAUAUUCAUUACAGAUUGCUUUGUGCCACUUUUUCUUCAAUAUCUCUGGGAUUAUUCUAUUUUACCCGCUACCUUUUACCCGGCUGCCAAUCCGCAUGGCCAAGACCUUGGGAAACAUAACAGCCAAGUACAGAUGGUUUGCUAUAUUUUAUCUUCUCAUCUGCUUCUUUCUUUUGCCUUUGUUUGUAUUUGGUCUGUCACUGGCAGGCUGGCCAGUCCUUUUGGGUGUUUGCCUUCCCCUGCUUGCUCUUUUUAUUGCUGUGAUUGUGAUUAAUAUUAUGCAGACAAGGCAACCACAUUCACUGCCUGAGAAGCUCCAAAAUUGGGAUUUCCUACCCAUCUGGAUGCACUCCCUAGAGCCCUGGGACAAUAUAAUCAUGUCUUCACUCUCCUUUUGCGGGAAACACUGCUGUGGCUUCUGCAAAUGCUGCAAAGUCAAUGUAGAACAGGAGGGUGCCAAAGACAAGCAGCUAAAAACUAUGGAGGUUUAUGAAAACACCAUUGCGAUGGCUGAUGAAGAAAGAGGUGGAAGAAGGGCACCAGCUGCAGCUUGUGUUGAAAAAACAGGCACAAACAACACAGCCUUAUAGUAGUGGAUCAAACCAUAUUAGCAGAGACAGCAUAGGACAGUCAGGCUCUUGAAAACCACCUUGGACAAUGCACUGAGGACAGAGUGAACACCUUGUUAGGUUCCUGCAGCCAGUGAUACAUCACUCAUCAAGGAAUGGAGUCAAACAAGCUUGACAG